AAUUCCUGUUGCCCUUAAGAGGAUUGUAGGUGUAUAAAAGUGCCCUACAUAUGCCAGUCAAGAACUUCCUUUCACAUUCAGCAUUUCUCCUCCCUCCAAGAAGAGUAUCGACACUGAAGCAGUGGCAACAGCUGCAAAAGACAAACAUGAGUGUGAAGGGCAUGGUUAUAGCCUUGGCUGUGAUAGUCUGUGCUACAACUGUUCAAGGCUUCCCCAUGUUCAAAGCGGGACGCUGUCUUUGCAGAGGACCUGGAGUAAAAGCAGUGAAAGUGGCAAAUAUUGAGAAAGCGACCAUAAUUUAUCCGAGUAACAACUGUGACAAAAUAGAAGUGAUUAUCACCCUGAAAGCACAUAAAGGACAAAGAUGCCUAAAUCCUAAAUCGAAGCAAGCAAGCAUUAUAAUCAAGAAAAUUGAAAGAAUGAAUUUUUUAAAAUACCAAAAUGUAUGAAGUCCUGGGAAAAGAGGAUCUGAAAACUUAGAACAAGUUUAACUGUGACAACUAAAGUGAUAAGAAUUCCACAAUAGGAAACGGAUUUUCUCCUGCCUGUUGCAAAGUACAUUCAUUCAUUUCUACGUCAGCAAACCUCAGAAAUCUGAUGGUUAGAAUUAUUCCUUUGUGACUAUGAAAGCAUUUCUGUAUUUAGAAGUUAUGUGUUUGGGGCGCCUGGGUGGCUCAGUUGGUUAAGC